UAUUGUGAUGUAUGUGGGUACUUAGCCAAAAAUAUAUAGGUAACAUGUAAGUGGGUAGCUAUAGAUUUCUUUGUCUCGAUUAAAUAUUGCAACGAACGGACGUGUGUUAUUUCUGCAACCCUUAGUCGGACGCCACCCCCUUCAUCCCUAUUUCUCAGUGGCGACGAGCUGUUCGGACCUUUUAGUGCGUGUACUGUGCGUGUUGUGUUGUGCAAAAACAAUGUCAAUCGGCAAAAUAGGCGAGUUUAAGAUCGCGUCGGACAAUUGGCGGUUAUAUGUAGAACGACUUGAACAGUAUUUCUUGUGUAACAACAUUAAAGCUGAGUUGCAAGUGCCUACGUUAGUGACCGUGAUUGGCGCCGAGGGUUAUGAACUCCUAGUCAACUUGUGCACGCCGGAUAAACCUACGACAAAAACAUUCGCCGACUUAACUGCCAUUUUAGAAAAACAUUUGCAACCUAAACCUAGUGUACUGGCAGAACGUUAUAAAUUUAGGCAUAGGAAACAGGGAGAUAGUGAAUCUAUGUCUAAUUACGUGGCAGUUUUGAAAAGAAUGUCUAAGACGUGUGACUUUGGGGCGUGGCUCGAAGAUAGUUUAAGGGAUCAGUUUGUAUGCGGAAUUCACAGCGAGACCAUUCGACAAAGGCUUUUUGCUGAAGAUAAGUUAGAUUUCACUAAAGCUUUUAAUCUGGCAGUCAGUAUGGAAGCGGCUGAGAAGGACGCCGCUAUGGUCGAGGGGUCACGAAAGCCUGCUAGUGACGGGACAAGUGCGCUGGCGUCUUGUCAAGCGAUAGCGGCGAGUUCGUCACGACGUAGGAACGAGGCGGCGCGAGGAGCAUGGCAACCGCGGGGCGCAGAGCGAGGUGCCAGCGCUGGGCGUGGUGCCCGCGCCAGCGGCUGGCAGGCAGCGUCGGCGGCGUCGGCGGGAAAACGGCGUGACGCACACUGUAACGCUUGCGGCGGGACGCACGGCACGGACACCUGCCGGUUCACCCGCUAUGUGUGCAAGGUGUGCAACAAGCAGGGACACUUGCAACGGGUGUGUCCAUUAAUGGCUGAUACUCGUACUCACAGCGUGGAAGUUAUGAAUAUGGCCAGUCACCGGGACACAUAUAGUGAGGACAGUGACAUGAGUGACGAGGUAAUUAUCAUACAUGUUAAUAACUUAAAGGCAGCGGAUUACAAACCUAUUUUUAUGAAAAUAAAUGUGCAGGGUAUUGACCUUGACAUGGAAUGCGAUACAGGCAGUGCGAUAUCAUGCGUCAGCAAAAAAGUUUACGAACAAUUGUUUUCUCAGUUAGUACUUUAUAGUAGUAAUGUUAGAUUACGUUAUUACACUGGAGAGCUUGUAAAACCAGUCGGUGUAGUAAAACCACUGGUAAAAUAUAAAAAUAAGCAGGAAUAUUUGGAGAUGUAUGUAAUUGAAAAUGGUAAAUCCAUGUUGAUAGGCAGACAAUGGCUGGCGGAAUUAAAUAUGCCCAUACCUACGCCAUGCAGACCUUGCAAUGUUAAUAGAAACGAGGUAGAUGGAAAUGAGUUUAACUUGACGGAUUUCAGUUCCAGAUUUUGUGACGUGUUCGCGGAUGGUUUGGGGCGGUUCACCGGCGGUCGCGUGAGCAUCCACCUGCGGGAAGGGGCGCGGCCGGUGUUCCUGCGCGCGCGGCCCCUGGCGUACGCGCUGCGCACGCCGGUGGAGCGCGCGCUGGAGCAGCUGGUGCGCGACGGCGUGCUCACCCCCGUCGACCGCUCCGACUGGGCUACACCCAUUGUCCCGGUAGUAAAGAAGGAUGGUAAUGUAAGAAUUUGCGCUGAUUACAAACUGACCUUAAAUAGAAUGCUAGAAGUCGAUCGAUAUCCGUUACCUAGGGUAGAGGAUUUGUUAGCACGCCUGUACGGGGGGAAGCGAUUUAGUAAGAUCGACUUAUCGCAGGCCUACGCGCAAUUUGAGCUGGACGAUUCUCGAAAAUACACCGUGAUUAAUACUCAUAAGGGCUUAUUCCGAUAUAAUCGUCUUGUGUAUGGAUUGUCCUCGAGCCCGGGUAUAUUUCAGAGGCGGUUGGAACAAAUGUUUGCAGACUUGCCACACGUAGGCGUAUUCCUUGACGACGUGAUUAUCACGGGCAGCGAUACGGAAACGCAUAUUGACAAUUUAGUUAAAGUUUUUGAGCGGUUGCAAGCCUAUGGUUUGCGCGUAAAAAAAGAGAAAUGCGCUUUCUUUGCUAAGUCGAUUAAUUAUCUAGGGCACGUCAUUAGUGAAGAUGGCAUACAUACUUGCCCAGAAAAAGUAAAGGCCAUCGAGGCCGCGCCGGCGCCACGUAAUGUAUCCGAAUUAAGGGCCUUUAUAGGGAUGGUAAUGUAUUACGCGAAGUUCGUCGGUAAUGUCAGUAGUAUAAUGGCACCCUUGUAUAAUUUAUUGAAAAGUGGAGUUAAGUUCGUGUGGGAUAGGGAGUGUCAGGCGGCUUUCCAAGAAAUCAAGAGGGCGCUCGGGUCGAGUCAAGUGCUAACGCAUUAUUCAGAGGAAUUGCCACUGAUUUUGACUUGCGACGCAUCUGGAGUGGGGGUUGCCUCGGUGAUAUCGCACGUCACGGAGCACGGGGAGCGGCCCGUGGCAUAUGCCUCGCGCACGCUUACAGCGGCGGAGCGUGCGUACGCACAAAUAGACCGGGAGGCACUAGCAAUUGUCUACGGAAUUCGUAAAUUCCACCAAUACCUAUACGGUCGCAAAUUUAUAUUACGGACUGAUCACAAGCCUCUCACGUACAUUUUUGGAGAUAAGGUCGGCAUUCCGGUAAUGGCAGCUUCGCGCAUACAACGAUGGGCGGUUCUUUUAUCGGGGUACGAUUAUCAAAUUGAAUAUGUUGCAUCAAAACAAAAUUGUGCGGACGCGCUAUCGCGGUUACCUCAGGCGAAAGAGGGGGCAGCGGGUAGAGAGGAAGAAGUCACUUAUGUGAAUUUUGUAGAAAACUUCCUACCGGCAUUUUCACCCGCAUACCACCCGGCGUCCAAUGGAGCUGCAGAGCAAGCGGUAAAGUUGUGUAAACGGGCGAUAAAGAAAGCGUUUAGGGACGGGGUAGAUGUAGACGUCGCAUUACAAACGUACCUGCUAGCGUAUAGGAAUAGCGUGCAUAGUACCACGGGAGAAACCCCAGCGAUGCUUCUACAAAAACGGAAUUUACGUUCGAGGUUAGACUUAUUACGUAGUGAUCGUGGGCUGGAAGACCGGGUACGUGACGCGCAGCGCCGCCAGCAGGCGCAGGCCGGUCAGAGCGCGAUCGCGGAGCGAAACUUGGUAACGGGAGAAACAGUUUGGGCGCGUAAUUAUACUGGUGCCGAUAAAUGGAUCAAAGGUACUAUCGUAGGCAAGGAGGGUUCACGUCGGUAUACCCUGGAUAACGGAGACGGGCGACUUCUAGUUAGACAUAUAGACCAACUCAGGCGCAGAUCAGUUUUAUCGAGCAUUCCGUGCCCUACGGACCAGGGGCCCGACGGGGAUGAGCAGGCUGAACAAUUAGAGAGUGCCGAGGUACAACCUGCUGGGUCGGUGGAUCGGGCCACCAACGCGAUCGCCGGUGACGCUUAG